AUGCAGAAGUAUGAGUGUGUUAAAGAAAGGCCUAAACUAAGAGAAAUUAUACAGAUUAUGCGCACAGAACAUGGUUGCGAGAUCUCGUACGAUCAAGCAUGGGAGUCCAAAGAGUAUGCAGAAAAUGCUGUAAGAGGUAUUCCAGAAAAAAGUUAUGGCAAAAUUCCAAAAUACUUGCACAUGUUGAAAGAAGCCAAUCCAGGUACGCAUACUCACUACUUAACUGAUUCUGAUGAUAGAUUUAAGUAUCUAUUUAUUUCAUUUGGGCAAUCAAUCAGAGGAUUCUACCAAGCUAUUCGUAGAGUUAUAGUUAACGUUGGUACUUUUCUGAAAGGUAAAUACAAGGGAGUUCUGCUCGUUGCUACAGCUUUAGAUGGUAACUCGAAUCUGUAUCCAAUUGCUUUUGGUGUUGUUGAUUCAGAGAACGACUUGUCGUGGGAAUGGUUUCUAAGGCAACUUAACACAGUCAUCGCAGAUGAUCAGUCGUUGGCGUUUAUUUCUGAUCGAAACACUUCUGUCCUUAAAGUACUAGCUAAAGUGUUUACACAAUCUACACAUGGAAUUUGCAUCCACCAUUUGUUGAAUAACGUUGUCACAUUUUUCAAGACAAAGGGUUUGACUGGUUUGAUUGCAAAGGCAUCAAAAGAAUAUCGAGUUGCUGAUUUUGAGAGGAAGUUCAACGAUAUUAAGAAUAUUAGUCCGCUUGUUGGAAAUUAUCUGGUUGAAGCUGGUGUCGAAAAGUGGGCUCGUUGCAAAUUUCCAGGAUUCAGAUAUGAUGUUAGAACCACUAACCCAGCCGAAUCGAUGAAUGCUGCAUUGAGAUCACCUAGAGAGUAUCCAAUAAUACCUUUGUUGGACAACAUCAGAGAACUGUUGACCAAGUGGUUUUACGAUCGUGGACGAUUAAGCGCAAAGCAUAAGGACCCUUUAACCAUUGAGGUUGAGAAAAAAAUUGGUAGGAGGAUUGAAAAGGGUAAAACAUUUAUUGUUUAUCCGGUUAACCAGAAUCAGUUUCUUGUUAGAGGUGACAAAAUCGACUGCUUGGUUGAUUUGGAGCUUAGAUCGUGUUCUUGUGGAAAGUACAACUUGCUGAAAAUUCCUUGCAGACAUGCCAUUAAAACAGUUUUUUCAGUGGACAAAGAACUACACCCACUAACUGAUGACAUGUACACUACUACAACAUGGAGAAAGGCUUACGAGGAAUGCAUUAAUCCAAUAGGUGUUCCUGAGGAUUCAUGGCAAGUUCUGUUGGAUGUGGAACACGCCAGAGUUCUACCACCAGAAACACGAAGAGCAGCUGGUCGAAGAAAAAAGCGACGAUACAAAACGAUGGAGGACAAGAUACGCUCCUCACAAGGAUCUCAAGGAUCUAGUAAACACAAGUGUAGCCGGUGUGGUGUUGCAGGUCACAAGAGAGGGACAUGUGACAUACCAAUAUAG